AUGAAUUCGAUUAAAAAACGUCCAAGAGAUUCUUAUGAUAAAACUGAUUUACAAUCCCAUACAACUCGAUUGAACGAUCGUAUUAUUAAACAUCAACUACAUAACUAUGGAACAGCUAUUGAUGUAUACGAUGCUGUUACACGAACAUUAUUACCUUAUUGGGAAUAUAAUGAACGGUAUAAGAUAAAAAUUUUUAAACAAUUAAGACUUGAUACACCUGGUAUUCCUAAUAUGGCACAUCAUGUUCGUGCUCAAUUACAAACAUUACAUAAUGAAGAAAAAAAUUCAACUGUAACAAUAUGUGGUAUUGAUGUAUCAAAUGGUGCAUCAUCAGUUUAUUUAGAAAGUUGUCCACAUGGACGAACAUUACAAAUAUUAACAAAUAUACUUGGAAUUGAAAUACGUCUUGUUACAUCAUAUAUCUAUGAAGAAAUCAUAUCUGUUAUACCAAAUGAUUUAUUAGAAAUACAACCAUUAUAUAUUGCUUAUAAUGAUGUUUCAAAACAAUUUUUUAUGCUUGAUAAACCAGCAAAUGUUAAACGUGAUGAUCUAUUAGAAAAUCAACAAAAAAUUGAUCAUCUUAUUCAAAAAUAUAGUUUAAUACCAACAGUUAUAUCAACACCAAAUCCUCGUUGUUUAUCACUUUUUUUAUGUAUUGCUCAUAUAUUAAAAUCUAACGCUGUAGAUUUUCUCGAUACAUCAGCAUUAGCUAUGCAAAUUCGUGAUGCUACUUAUCAACAAAUAAAAUCAAAUUUUGAUCAAUAUGAAAAAUAUAUUCUUCUAUCAACAUCGAAAAAAUCCAAUCAUGUUGAUAUACGUCAUGAUAGUCAAUGCCUUAUUGAAUCAAAUUAUUAUCGAUAUCAAUUAGAACGACCAAUAUUAUUUGCAUUAGCUCAUGUUCUACAAUGUAAUUUAUUAAUUUUUUCAUCAUUAUCUUUAGAACAACAACCAGAAAUGAUUGAUAUUGAUAAUAAUAAUCGUUCGAAUGAUAAUGAUAAACUUAUUGUUUUAAUUAAAAAUGAAUCAACACAACGUUUUACAAGUGCUCGAACAACGUAUCCAUUAAAUCAUUUAUUCAUUCGAAAAGAAUCUGACAAUCAUAAUGAUCCAAUUUAUGAAACUAUUGAUCAUUCACCAGUAACUGAUACAAAAAAUAAAUCAACAAUAGCAAAUACAUUUUUUAGUAAAACAAAAGAUAAAUUUGUUACAGCUGUUAAUAAAUUAGUUGAUAAUUAUGGAAAUAUACCGAAAAAACAAACUUCUAUUAAUAAUUUACAACAACGAUCAAGUAAUAGUAUGAACGAACGAACAAUACCAACAUCACCUAGUGAUCAAAAACCAUCAAGUACAAAACGACAAGCUCCUUUAGCUGAACAUAUUCUUCGUCAACAAGAAGAUACACGUCAUGCAAACAAUCAAACACCUGAUGUAACAUAUGAAAAUACAAAAACUUCUUUACCAACACCAGUACCACGUCGGUCGUCAACGUCAUCGUCGAUAAUAACCACACCGACUAAAACUUCUCAACCUUCGUCAUCAAAUAAACGUCAAUUACGUCCUGUUCCUUACAAAGAUCGACAAACAACAUUAACAAAAAUGGGCACAACGAAAACAAUAGUUAAUCAGAAAAUAUUUAAUUGUGUUACUCUUGAAGAUGUUGAUGAUAGUACAACAGCUGAUGAAGAUAAUAAUAAUGAUGAUGAUGAAGAUGAUGAUGAUUCAUUUAGUGAUGAAGCUGUGGAUGAUUUACAAACGGUUAUUCUCAAAGAAAGAAAGAAAAAAACGCCAACACCAACACCAACAACAAUAGCGACAACGACAAUAAUACCUACAAAAGCAUCAAAUAAAUUGUCACAUGAUAAUCCAACAAAAAAAUCAACAUCCUAUCAUUAUGAUAAUGAAUCACUCAAACGACAACAACAAAGUCAUACAAAACCUGACGACGAUAUGUAUGAGAAUGAUCGACAACGAGAUGAUUUAAGUCGUGAUGAUGAUAUUUAUUUAUCAACAUCAGAUAUUGUUCAACAAGAUCGAAAGCAACUUCAAUUAUUUGUUAAUGAUCGAAUAAAUAAUAAGCAACAACAACAACAACAGCAACAACAAUCAUCAUCAACAUCGUUAUCAUCAGUACGACAACAAGAACGUAAAACAUCAACAACAAAAUUACCUUCAACAACUACAAAUACUAAUGAUCGUCAAUCAUUUUUAAUUGAUAAAGAUGCUGUACUUGAAGUCCUUGGUCAUAAUAUAGCUCAACGUGACCGUCAUAUUCUUAUGAAAGUUCUUAAACAAGAAGAUUUAAUAUCGAAAGAAUGGGAGCGUCUACUUUAUUUACUUGAUGAAUAUGUUAAUAAUCCAAAAAAAGAAAAAAAAGAACGUGGUUUAUAUGCAUUAACGUUAAUGGAAAACCUUGAUCGACUUGGUUAUGAUAUGCUUGAAAUACAAUCAACAGGACAUAAUCAUUUUAAAGCUAUUGCCAAAUCAAUAUUACUUAUUAUUGAAAUAAAUGAUUGGUUCAGUGAACAUAUAUGUCGUAUGUUACAUUUAAAUGGACCAAAUGACUCUCGUAUGGUACGUCAUUUAAGAAAAUUAUGUUUAAAAGAAUGGUCCAAAUAUCCAGAUGAAUAUCGAACAUUAUUUGCUCAACGUAAUGCCACACAACAACAACGAACAACAUUAGAUUUGACACGUGAAAUAGAACGUUUUCGAUCAGAAGAUUAUUAUCGUUCUGAUAUGUGUGCUUUAGUUAAUCAAGCAUUAGCUACAGCACUUGCUGUACCAAUUCAUAUUGUUCGAGCUGUACGUGAACCAAAUAGUCCAUUGGAAGUAUAUUUACCAAUGCGUGGUAUUGCUCGACCAGGUUUAGCUAUUGUACUUAUUGCAAGUCAUCCACAAACUGGAGAUGGACAUUAUGAUGUAGCUGUACUCAAAGGACAUCCUCAAACAUUACGUAAACAUCGAAAUGUAACAUUUGAUGAUAAGCCUGAAGUUAGAUCAUUUGAAACAAAUGCUGAUGAACAACAAAUGCUUAAAGUCGUACCAACAAAUAAUAAUUUAACUGUUCAACAACAACAAGCAUCAAUGAUGAAUCCAGCUUUAAUAGCUGCACAUCAAGCACAAUUUUUUGCUAAUCCAUUUAUGUAUUCACCAUUUACAUUCCCUAGUCCUCAACAACAACAACAGCAAGUACCAAAUUCACCUUCAUUAAUUCGAACUACAAAUGCAAAUGCAAAUACAAAUAAUAAUAAUCAAUCGAAAACAAGUAUCACCGGUGCUACUAGUUCAACAAUACCUGCUACAACAAUGAUGUUACAACCACAAAUGCCAUUUAUUCAAAUGCAACAAGCACAACCAACAUUUGUUUAUACUCCUCUCAUGCAUACAACACAACAACCAACAACGAAUGGAACUACGACUUUCUUUUAUACACCUGCGAACUAUCCCAUGUGA